GGUUUAGGAAUAGAUAUUAUAGACUUAGGACUUUCUACAACUCCAACAGUUGAGUUUAUGGUUCCAAAAUUAUCAGCAGAUGGUGGUAUUAUUAUUACAGCCAGCCAUAAUCCAAAACAAUGGAACGCAUUAAAACUUUUAAAUAUUAAAGGCGAAUUUAUUUCUGCUAAAGAUGGCAUCAGAGGUACAAUCGGUGGAAAAUCAGGCGAUGCAUUGACUCCAAUUGACAUUGCAAAAUUUUCAUUAGCAUUUGGUACUAUUCUUAAAUUAAAAGAUGCAAAAAAAAUUGUUGUCGGCAGAGAUGCACGUAUUUCUGGCGAAAUGGUACAUCACAUUGUUGUUGGAAAUUUAUUAGGCAUUGGUUUAGAUGUGAUUGAUUUAGGCUUGGCUACAACACCAACAGUAGAAAUGGCUGUAGUUGCUGAAAAUGCUGAUGGUGGAAUUAUCAUUACUGCUUCUCAUAAUCCCAAACAGUGGAAUGCUUUAAAAUUAUUGAAUAGCAAAGGUGAAUUUAUUUCCGAAAAAGUAGGUCAAGAUGUUUUAAAACGUGCCAAUUCUGGUAAAUUUGAAUUUGUAGAAGUUGAUAAAUUAGGUGUUGUUGCUCAUAAAGAUUAUUUAGAUUACCAUAUUGAAGAAAUUCUUAAAAUUACUGCUGUAAAUGUUGAUGCCAUCAAAGCAAAAAAACUAAAAGUAGUAGUUGAUGCAGUAAAUAGUGUAGGUGGUAUUGCUGUUCCUAAAUUAUUAAAAGCUUUAGGUGUCGAACAAAUACAUGAAUUGUAUUGUGAGCCAACUGGCAAAUUUGCACAUAAUCCUGAACCACUUCCAGAGCAUCUGUCUAUGUUGUGUGCCGAAGUGAAACAACAAAAAGCACAUAUUGGUAUUGCUGUUGAUCCAGAUGUUGAUAGAUUAGCAUUUGUAGAUGAACAAGGUAUUCCUUUUGGUGAAGAAUAUACAUUAGUGGCUGUUGCCGAUUAUAUCCUUACACAUAAAAAAGGAAAUACAGUUUCUAAUCUUUCGUCAACAAAGGCAUUAAGAGAUAUUAGCAAAAAGCAUGGUGUUGAGUAUUUUACUUCAGCAGUUGGUGAGGUGAAUGUAGUAGAAAAAAUGAAAGAAGUAAAUGCUGUAAUCGGUGGUGAA